GCGUGUCCACUAGGCGCACCGAAGUAUGAGAUAGGAGUAAAAAUUUCAACGAGACGCAUUCAAUCCAAUGAUGAGUGCAGCAGCAGCAUGGCCUAUUCCCAUGGAGAGGACGCGUAACCAACGCCCAAUUUUUCAGUGCGAUCGUAUUCCCGUCUGUCGGGGAGAGAGAGAGAAGGGGGAAACAAAAACAAAAAAAAAGCGGACGGCAGUGGCAGUGGUGGUGGUGGAAAGCGACGGUGGCGGUGGUGGGGGUGAUGAUAGCAGUUUUCGUGGUCACAAUAAUGAAAAUGGUGAGAGGGUGACGGUUGUGGCGGUGGCGGAGUGGAGGCUACUAGAAAAUUAGUGAUGAUGAGGAUGGGAAUUGAUGUUUGUCGUUGUUGAUCGAUCAUGAUCAUGUGAAGCAAAAGGCUCGUUAUUAAAUUAACGUUAAAUUUAAGAGGAUAAUGGGAGGUCGGCGUAAUUUUGGAAGCUUAAUGAGAAGCAUAUGCACUUGCGGAGAUUUCCAAAGAGGAACCAGUGGGCAUAAGAAGGGUUUUGGAUCAAUGUCGCCUCGGGGGGUGAAACUGCAGAUUCAAGAUCGCCAUGUGGUGAUCGAUAACGGCAUCUUUCAAGUUACACUAUCAAAUCCUGCGGGUAUUGUCACUGGAAUCAGUUACAAUGGCAUCGAUAAUCUGCUCGAGGUCCUCAACGAUGAAAGCAAUAGGGGUUACUGGGAUGUUGUUUGGAAUUCGCUAGAUGGAGGCAAAACAGGAGUUUUUGAAGUGAUUAGUGGAACAAAGUUUGAAGUAAUAAAGGAAACAGAGGAACAAGUAGAGGUGUCAUUCUCAAGACCAUGGGAGCCCUCCCUCCAGGGCAAGCUUGUCCCCCUAAAUAUUGACAAAAGGUUCAUAGUGCUUCGCGGUUCCUCAGGCUUCUACUCUUAUGCCAUUUAUGAACAUUUAGGUUUGCCAGAAUGGCCGGCUUUCAGCCUUGGUGAGACCAGGAUUGCGUUCAAGCUCAGAAAAGAGAAGUUUCACUACAUGGCUGUGGCAGAUAAUAGGCGAAGAUUUAUGCCAUUGCCUGAUGACCGGCUCCCAGGAAGAGGCCAACCCCUGGCAUAUCCUGAAGCAGUCCUCCUUGUGAAUCCUAAAGAGCUUGAGUUGAAAGGAGAGGUGGAUGACAAGUACCAGUACUCCUGCGAGAACAAAGAUCUCCGUGUCCACGGUUGGAUAUCUAUGGAAUCUCCUCCUGUGGGCUUCUGGCAGAUUACCCCCAGCGAUGAGUUCCGGUCGGGUGGGCCCCUCAAACAAAACCUUUCCUCCCAUGUGGGUCCCACUUGUCUUGCUAUGUUUCUCAGUGGUCAUUAUGCUGGGGAUGAUCUCUCUCCAAAAAUUGGACAGGGCGAGGCGUGGAAGAAAGUUUUCGGGCCCGUUUUCAUAUAUCUCAAUUCUGUGGUGGGUGGAGAAUCUGGAGAUGACGCACUUACACUAUGGGAGGAUGCUAAAACACAGAUGAUGGUCGAAGUCCAAAGCUGGCCCUAUACUUUUCCAGCAUCAGAGGAUUUUCCGUCAUCAGAUCAACGCGGAUAUGUUAGUGGUAGAUUACUAGUACUAGACAGGUACAUGAGCAAUGAUUAUAUGUCAGCAAACGGUGCCUAUGUGGGGUUGGCCCCUCCUGGGGAUGUAGGAUCAUGGCAAAGAGAAUGCAAGGACUACCAAUUUUGGACGAGAGCAGAUGAGAAUGGCUAUUUUUCCAUCAAUGCUAUACGUACUGGCGACUACAAUCUUUAUGCAUGGGUCCCUGGAUUUAUUGGAGAUUACCGGAACGAUGUUGCUGUUACCAUAACCCAAGGUUGUUACAUCGACUUGGGUGAUCUUGUAUAUGAGCCUCCUAGAGAUGGACCCACGUUGUGGGAAAUCGGCAUUCCCGAUCGCUCUGCUGCAGAGUUUUACACGCCUGAUCCUGAUCCAAAGUAUAUAAACAGACUUUUUAUCAAUCAUCCUGACAGGUUUAGGCAGUAUGGAUUGUGGGAGAGAUAUGCAGAGCUAUACCCUAACGAGGAUUUAGUCUACACUGUCGGCGUUAGCGAUUAUAGAAAAGACUGGUUCUUCGCUCAGGUCACCAAGAGGAAAAAUGACAACACAUUUCAAGGAACUACGUGGCAGAUCAAGUUCAAACUUGACAACGUAGAUCAAACUGGGACCUACAAACUAAGAGUGGCUAUAGCAUCUGCAACUCUUGGCGAAUUGCAGGUACGUGUUAAUGAUCCAAACACAAACCGGCCUCUGUUUUCCAGUGGACUCUUCGGAAGGGACAAUGCAGUGGCUAGACACGGCAUCCAUGGACUGUAUUGGCUGUUUAAUGUGGACAUUCCGAAUGCUGUUUUGAUGAAAGGGGAGAAUAAUACGAUUUAUAUGACACAGGCAAGGGGCCAGACCCCUUGGCAGAAUCUCAUGUAUGACUACAUUCGUUUCGAAGGUCCCUCGACUGAUGUUCCAAAGGCUGCAAUAUGAGUUCCUUUUGGUCUUGUGCUGGAAGGCGACAUAAUUAAGAAGCUGUUUGAAUCAGCAUUUUGUUUUUUGCUUUCUUUUGCUCUUUAUGCAUAAUAUAGUUGUUUCAGAACAUUGUUGUUUCCGGUUUUGCUUUAAGCUCUCUUAUACAUACAUAAUAUAGUUGUUCUAGAACAGUGCUAUAAGCAAUGCUAUGGUGACCAUCUUUGGUACCGACUGAUAUGACCAAAGAACUAUCGUAGUGAUAUUACCGGUUUUUU